CUCUGACCAUCCGACAUGUCCGUUCGCGACAUCCUCCCCAAGUCCCAACGAAUAAUUGAAAUUUUUGCCUUUUCACAUUUUUCAUCGUCUUUCAAUUCAAUUCAAAUCCAUCCUAUUUUCAAUUCUGACAAGAACUUGAAUUUCCAGCGAACCCCAAACCUCAAUCGGUGGUGUGUUUUACAUGUUGGAGAUGUCUACUGCAUCCAGCAGUGGUAGUGAGAACUCCUAUGAUGCUGAAGAGCUAUUCCAAAUCAGAAACAGAUGGAAAGAGUUGAGGAAGGAAAAGGAAUUAUGGAAGGAUUCACAAUCCCAGAGCUUUGAACUAAUUAAAAGACUUGAACUACAUUCCAAAACACUAUCUGAAGCCCAAUCAGAAGACAAGAAACGCAUAGAGCAGCUGGAAAGGGAGCUGAGCAAUUGCUCUCAGGAAAUAGAAUAUCUUCAAGAUCAGCUAAAUGCAAGAAACUCUGAGAUAAACUCUCUUGAUGAGCAUGUUUGCGUCCUUCAAUUGAAAAUCGCACGUAUGGAAAAUCUUGAAGAGGAGGUGACAAGGUUAAAUGAGGAGUUAAAUAUUUCCAACUCUGGUCGAUUCUUCUUACUGGAGGAACUGGAGAAUAAAGAGACGGAGCUACAAAAAGCAGUUUCAUGCAUUAAUAAGUUGGAGGAGUCAUUAUCAUCUGCUGAGCUAGAAUAUCAAUGUGAAAUUGAAAGCAUGAAGUUUGAUAUGUUGGCUUUGCAGCAGAACUUGGUUGAUGCUAGAAAAUCACAUAAGGAAACAGCUCUAGAAAAUGCUCAGAUGAUUGAUUUGGUUCAAGAUCUUGAAACCCGAAUCCAGGAAGAUAAGAAGAUUAUUAUGUGCUUGGAAAAUGAAAAUAAAGAUCUUUGUCAAAAGCUGCAGAAAUCAGAACUGGACAUAAAACGAUUUUGUCAAAAGGUAGUUGCACAGUUUCAAGGGUGGCUUGUUGACGAGGAAGUGUUCUUUAGUGAUGUAGAAGAAGAUACAAGAACUAGUGCUGAAGCUUUAGGACGACUAGUUUCCAAAUUGGAAGUGUUAAGAACUUCAAAUGCUGAAUGGAGAGAUAGGGAUGCAACGUUAUCACAGAUACAUGAAUAUGAACUGCUUGUAUGUCAGCUUAAGGAAGAAUUGAAAGAGGAAAAAUUUAAAGCAAAAGAAGAAGCAGAGGAUUUAGCCCAAGAAAUGGCAGAGUUGAGGUAUCAAAUUACAGGAAUGCUUGAAGAUGAGAGAAAACGCCGAGCUCGUGUUGAACAAAUAUCAUUGCAAAGAAUAGCUGAAUUGGAAGCUGAGCUUGAAAAAGAAAGGCAUAAAUCUCUCAAUGAUGAAGACCAUAAGAAAUCUAUCUCUAUCGUUAAACAUACUGGUGUGGCAUGACUCAUACUUGGAGAAUACAUAGCUCUCACUCGAAUUGUGAUUAAGCAUUUAAAGGACAGCUGAUGCUAGUACAAUGCUUAGUUGCGAAGCAGCAGGUCGGACGGUGGGGCAGUAUUCGAGCUCCAUAAGGGUGAACUGCUUGAACCAGCAAGUGAUGCGACACCCCUUUUGGUUGAUCUGUCAUCUAUGCCAUAAUCCAUGGCUUCUGUGAAAGAUUUUGCAGAUUGCUGUUGCUGCAGUUUGUAGAUAGAUGGCUGCUGAACGCAAUUCAUGAUGCGGCAUCUGAUCUAUCAACACACGUAAAGUACGGUAUGUAAUUAUUGUUGGUUUUUUCUUCAUUGGCAACAGUUUUUGUGCUUCAGUGAAGAGAGAAAAAUACUGUACAGAUUGAUUACAUUUGUGUAGACAUCUCUUUGAUAGCCUGAUAAGUGAUAUCUUAAAGCUAUUUUACAAGAAACAACUUCCUUUGAGGUAGAGCUCAUCACCUUCAACAUAUAUUUUUCUUAUAUUAUAUUGGUGUCCAAAAACCGAACUAAUUAGCUUUAAUAUUUUUGGAAGUAACAGAAAAACAUGUUCUUGAAGGCUUCAAGUCUUCGUCCUUCCCAUUUUUUUUUUUUUUUUGUUAUUCAACGCCCCAUUCACAUUUAAUUCUCUUCAUCCCACUAAACAGUUCCAAAUGCAAACGAAUUUAACACCAUUUCUUUCCAUUUGUCACCAACGAACUCGGUAUUGUAGAAUUCAGUAAGGGACCAUUAGAGAGCAGUUAAAAAUGCCUGGAAAAGCUCCAAAGCCAAAUAUCAUACUGAAAUGACACAUACUACAUGAAUCCAUUGAACAAAUCUUUGUAUUAUAAACCAGAAGUGCCACAACAAAAAUACCUUAGCAGUACCCAACCACAAUUUCUAAAUUCUCCCACCUAAAUAAAUCAGAAGGAAAACACAUAUGGAAAACCACACAAACCAUUAUCUAACUUUUCUUUAUGGGGUGGGUGACCUGUAGACCAGACAACUAAUCUGCUAACUUCAAAACCUUCUAACCUGACAAACGUAGGGAACAGAAUACCAAUAUCAUGAAGCAAGGUGAUGAUUUCUAGGGAUCCUGUGCAGAAGGGAUUGUCCCUAAAUCCGCUAAUCUGAGCGAAUCAAAAAGUAGGAAAAACUUGAUCAAUGCCGUUAGGAUCCAAAAUCCAGAAAAACUCUGCAAAAACAUGUGUAUACAAAUAACUUUAUAUAUUAACUCUCUCAAAUAAUCAAUGCCAUAAGGAUCCAAGUAAACAUCAAAAAAAGGAAAAAAUAUUUAUUCACAAUCUGUUUCCUUUCAUGAAAGGGACACAUUUUACCUUAAGUCUUCCCCACCAACUUGGUUAGAAAUAGAUAUUCAUGACAAUAGGUAUGCCACCUCUGACGGUGCAACAGCAGAAAAGUAUCCUACAGGUUGCUGAUGGUUGAUUACCUUCCCCUGUGCCUUGAUUGUUUAACAAGAAACAUUAUAUUUCAUUAAGGCUCCAGAUCUCAACUUCACAAAUCCUAACGUAUGCAGUAAAAAGAAAAAACAAUUGCAUAAAAACUACGAAGAAUCAACAAAGCAAUUCUAUGGGUGUACCACCAAUCAGUAUAAGAGUUACAGUUUGUGUCUUCUCGCACUCUUUUCUACUUCAAUCCUAUCAUUACUAGUAUUCUUUCUACCCUCAGUAUUGAUUAAUGAAAUCAAUCAAGCAAUGGAGCAAAUGACUGAAACUAGAACAAAAGCAAAAUAGUACUGAACGGUCUCUCUAAGUUAUGCAAUACUUACACGAUCUCCAGUGAUGUUGGUGCCUUGUUUCCUCGUAUUCCAAUACUGUGGAUGCCCUCUUUGUGACCCCAAAUUAAAAUUUGAAGGAUGUGACUUAUUUUUUGAUAGUUUCCGCUUUCUUCAUCUUGAUUCUGCAGUUCAACGGUCACUUUAUCACUCAUCAACUCCAAAUACAAAUGUUGGAGUUUGGUCAAAUGUUGAACUCCCAAAGGGAAUUCCUGUAAUGAUUGAAGGGAUAUGAUUGCUAGCAUCAGAAGAUUAGGCAUUGCACCUUCCUCCACCGUCAAACAUUCCAAAUUAUGUAACUGGGCUAGGGUCAAGUUCUCGAGUUUCAGAAAACAGCCAGAUUUGAAGUUCAGACUCUCUCCUUCAUAAGCUUUGUCCAACAAGAUCCCUCGCAAAUUCGGCAAGUAUUGGAGAGAUUCAAGUGGAUCAUUCAUUAACCUGCUCGAAUCCAACCUCACUUUCAUCAGUCCUUUUAAGCAAGACAGUAAUUGGGAUACCCUUUCCAAGUGGCCUCUCAAGCAUAAAGUUUGCAGAUUUUGGAGACCUGAACCUAAUGAAAUGUUCCUAUCAUCGAGAUCAAUCACCUCAUUAUCAGUUACUGCUUGAAGAAAAAGCUCCCUUAGAUUAGUGAGCUUUCCAAGAGACACGAAAAGGUGUUUCUCGUCUCCCCUUCUUAGAAUCGUCAUGACUAGUGUCUUCAGUUUCUUCAGCUUUCCUAUCUCUUUGAUCUGUGUUUCGUUCACUUCCAUGCAUAACAACCACUCCAGAGAAGAAAGCUUAGAGAUAUUAUUUGGACCUUUCCCUUGAUGGUAAACCUUGUGCUCAGAUUACAUUGAACCACAUUUAGAUGAAUCAGUCCCUUUAUCUUCAGUAUUUCUUUUGGUAACUCACUCACAUUGGUGUACGACAGAUCCAGAAAUUCUAGAUUUUUCAGAGACCCUAUGGAUCUUGGUACAAUCUUCACCCUUGUGCAUUUGAGAUUUAAAGUCCUGAGAUGAAAUAACUUGAAAACUUCUUUUGGGAUUUCCUCUAAAUCCGUACCUUCCAAAUUUAACACCUUCAAUAACCUAGAACCACCACAUAACAUCUGUGAUAGCCGGGAUUUUGACAAAGGUUCCAUAAACCUGGUGAAAAUUAAAAACCGCAAAUACUUGAAACACAUGGAGUUUACCUCCGUAACGGACUUGAAAUCAUGGAACACCAGGCGUCUAACCUUCUUAGGCCACCUACUUUCUUGCCCUCCUGCAGCUAUGGUUGCGAAAUUCUGUCUAGUCGACUUUAACAGAAGGAUUUCUCGCAAAAGGUCAAGAAUAUGAUACAUUCUAGAACUCAACCCAUAAGGUGAAUCUGAGGAUUGGAGUAAACUCCUGUUAGUAAGUUCAUCAAGAUAGGCAUGCGCCACCUCAUACUUUGUCAUCCUCGAUUUCUCUACUGCUAAUCCUUCUGCAACCAAAUAUCGAAUGAAGUUCUGCUCUUUUAUUUUGAACUCCUCUGGAAAAAUACUUGCAUAUAACAAACAAGUCUUCAAAUGAUGCGGGAGCUCAUUGUAACUCAGCAACAAUAUGUUUCUAACUGGAUCCAAUCUACCACUAACCUCGAGUUCACCAACAAUGCUGCAUUCAACCAUGUUCCACUCAUCUAUUUUUCCUUUGUCUUUUAAGGCCAAUACUCCACUGAUUACUACUAUUGCAAGUGGCAAUCCCAUGCAUUUUCUCAGUAUUCUAUCAGCAACAUCUUCGAGAUGAGCUGGGCAGCGAUGAUCUUUGAACGUCGUCUUGCAGAAAAGAGUCCAAGAAUCAUCAGAAGACAAUGGUCGCAUUUGGUGAACAUAGGUAUUAAACUCAAUAUUGCGGCGCGCGCUACAUCUGCUAUUCGAGUUGUGAGUAUCACACGAUUGCCACUGUUGCCUCCUGGUAAUGCAUAUUUGAUAGGCUCCCAAAAAUUUGAAUCCCAAACAUCAUCAAAGACAAUUAUGUACCUGUUUGAAAGUGAAACAGUUUACUGCAGAUACAAUAAAUAGGUUUUUAGCUAAAUCAGAUUUUCAAUCUUCCAUCUUCCAUCUUCCAUCGUUGAAUGCUAAUUAAUUCGUUCCUUUCCUGAUUCCGAAAUCCUCCAAUCAAAUGUAUAGAUUUUCAAUCUUCCAUCUUCC